AUGGCAGAUGCUUUGAGGAGAUUCUUCCUCUCGGAUAAGCCUUCAUAUUCACAUGUAGCAGAUCUGGAAACAAGAUUUAAUCCCAAAAUAACGUUCGCAAAACUUCAAAGGUAUAAGCCCACUGUUAAGGAUGUUUGCCAUUAUUCGUUUCUAGGGUCUGUGUUUUUGUUUGUUUUCGUUGCUAAUCCAGCCCCUUGGACAUACAAGAUACUGUUUUACUGUUUCCUGGCGCUUUUAUUCAUUAUUCCAGUCACUUCACAAUUUUUCUUCAAUGCUUUACCGAUUUUAACGUGGUUAGCCCUAUAUUUCACAUCAUCAUAUUUUCCUGCAAGUCAUAGACCAAAAAUUACAGUCAAAGUUUUGCCUGCAGUAGAAACUAUUUUGUAUGGUGAUAAUCUCAGUGAUAUCCUUGCCACGUCGACCAACACUUUUUUGGAUAUUCUUGCGUGGAUCCCCUACGGAUUGUUCCAUUUCGGCGCUCCAUUUGUGGUGGCAGCUAUCCUGUUCCUUUUCGGUCCACCAACAGUUUUGAGAGGAUAUGCGUUUGCAUUCGGUUACAUGAAUUUGUUCGGUGUUAUAAUUCAGAAUGCAUUCCCAGCCGCUCCACCAUGGUAUAAGAUUCUUUAUGGGUUGGAAUCUGCACACUACGGUAUGCAUGGUUCUCCGGGUGGUUUGGCAAGGAUAGAUCACUUGUUGGGCAUAAACCUGUACACAAGCGGAUUCUCAAACUCGUCAGUCAUUUUUGGCGCAUUCCCCUCCCUCCAUUCUGGCUGUGCUACCAUGGAGGCUUUGUUCUUUUCUUACUGUUUCCCAAAGCUAAGACCUAUUUUUAUUGGGUAUGUUUGUUGGCUAUGGUGGUCCACAAUGUAUCUGACACAUCAUUAUUUUGUUGACCUUGUGGCGGGAUCGGUUCUUUCCUAUAUCAUCUUCCAAUACACAAAAUACACUCAUCUACCGGUGGAUACUAGUCUAUUCUCUAGAUGGUCUUACGCAUCCGUGGAAACAUAUGAUAUGGAUAAGAUGAAUCCACUACGUGCAGACGCAAACGAUGUAGAGAACGUCCCACUUUCGAACUUGGAACUCGAUUUUGAAUUAAACUCUAUGGAUGAAGCAAGUCGCACUCCCUCAAUAUUCGAUGGACCCACUUCAACAUCAAGAUCGUCAGCAACUUCCAACACGUCGCUUGCCGAAUUCCAGCACGACUAUGCGGGUGCAUCGCCAAGACUCAACAAACCUAGAUUUGAGUAA